UAACAGACUACCCCGAAUUUCGUCGCUUCAGAUUAUUCUGCCUGUCCCAGCACUGCAGCCUUAUGCUUCCAGUGAGAGUUCCCGUCCUUGCCCCUCAGAUAACCAGGCACGGACACGCAUUUAGGUCUUCAUAUUUGAAAACAGGACAGGACCAUAACUCUUGGAUGCUAUUACUUCUUUUUCUUUUUGGCAAGUUGAAGAAUACCAGAUUUAUGAGGAAUCCAAGAUGAAUUUGGAGCAGGAGAGGCCGUUUGUCUGCAGUGCCCCAGGCUGUUCGCAGCGCUUCCCAACAGAGGACCAUCUGAUGAUUCAUAGGCACAAGCAUGAAAUGACUUUGAAGUUUCCCUCAAUAAAAACAGACAGUAUGUUAUCAGAUCAGACUCCGACCCCAACGAGAUUCCUGAAGAACUGUGAGGAGGUGGGGCUCUUCAAUGAGCUGGACUGCUCCCUUGAGCAUGAGUUCAGGAAGGCUCAGGAGGAGGAGAGCAGCAAGCGGAAUAUCUCGAUGCAUAACACAGUUGGUGGGGCCAUGGCGGGGCCCGGAGCUCACCAGCUUGGCAGCACCCGGAUGCCCAACCAUGACACCAGCGUUGUGAUUCAGCAAGCCAUGCCGUCGCCCCAGUCCAGCUCUGUCAUCACACAGGCACCUUCCACCAACCGCCAGAUCGGGCCUGUCCCAGGCUCUCUAUCUUCUCUGCUACAUCUCCACAACAGACAGAGACAGCCCAUGCCAGCCUCCAUGCCUGGGACCCUGCCCAACCCAACAAUGCCGGGAUCUUCUGCCGUCUCGAUGCCAAUGGAGAGACAAAUGUCAGUGAACUCCAGCCUCCUGGGAAUGCAAGGUCCAAAUCUCAGCAACCCCUGUGCUUCUCCCCAAGUCCAGCCAAUGCAUUCAGAAGCCAAAAUGAGGUUGAAGGCCGCGUUGACUCACCACCCCGCUGCCAUGUCAAAUGGGAAUAUGAACACCAUGGGACACAUGAUGGAAAUGAUGGGCUCCCGGCAGGACCAGACGCCACACCAUCACAUGCACUCGCACCCACAUCAGCACCAGACGCUGCCAGCCCAUCACCCCUACCCGCACCAGCACCAGCACCCAGCCCACCAUCCUCACCCUCAACCCCAUCACCAGCAGAACCACCCACAUCAUCACUCCCACCUUCACGCACACCCUGCACAUCACCAGACCUCGCCACACCCACCCCUGCACUCCGGCAACCAAGCACAGGUUUCACCAGCGACACAACAGAUGCAGCCGACCCAGACAAUACAGCCGCCCCAGCCCACAGGGGGGCGCCGGCGAAGGGUGGUGGAUGAGGAUCCCGACGAGAGGCGGAGGAAAUUUCUGGAACGGAACCGGGCCGCUGCCACCCGCUGCAGACAGAAGAGGAAGGUCUGGGUGAUGUCACUGGAAAAGAAAGCAGAAGAACUCACCCAGACAAACAUGCAGCUUCAGAAUGAAGUGUCCAUGUUGAAAAAUGAGGUGGCCCAGCUGAAACAGUUGUUGUUAACACAUAAAGACUGUCCAAUAACAGCCAUGCAGAAAGAAUCACAAGGAUAUCUAAGUCCGGAGAGCAGUCCUCCCGCCAGCCCCGUCCCAGCUUGCUCUCAGCACCAGGUCAUCCAACAUAAUACCGUCACCACUUCCUCUGCAGUGAGCGAGGUGGUGGGAAGCUCCACCCUCAGUCAGCUCACCACUCACAGAACAGACCUGAAUCCCAUCCUUUAAAAUCCACCACUGGGUCAGACCUUGCCUCCAAGAAGAGCUGUCGCAUAUCAUGCGUCCUUUCCUUUAAGGGCAUUUUUAGAAUUAACUCAGACCUGGAAGACUCCUCAGCCCUUCAGAGACUGGCUUUCAUUUUUAUAGUUAUUAUGGAAAUGUCGUCUUUUAUACUUAGUUCUAUAAGAAAAAAGGGAGUUAUGCAAUUAAUUAAUCUAUCAGCUUGGGAAAUGCUUUGGUGCUUUUCUCCAAUUUUCUGGUACCAGUGAACUUGUUUAUAAACUGAACUCCUUCUGUAUAUAGACAUGGUUUCAUUCUUAUCGGUCCAACCCUUUGCCUGAAACAUUGCAUCUUGUUAAACCGCAGCUUUUAGCCAAAAUGAGGCAUGCCCACAUGUCACGUAAACGGAUGCAAGGUAACUGGGUGGUGAGUCUGAUGAUGUCGUAACACAUGUUGAGUUUGUGCUGUGAUGUCGCCAGAAUUCCAGAUGAACACAGAGCCUUUUCCAUAUUUGUCUUCCUCUUAUUAUACAAAAAGGAUGAGAUCCACUGAUGUCCAAAUAAAACCACCAAGCAUCUCCCCACCUCUCCUCCUCCUCUUGGUCCACCUCCUUGAAUCGCCCUCCAAUUUUCUCCACUCUCCCUCUCCUUUUCCACUUUUUCCUGGGCCGCCUGUGUACUCUUCAUUUUUACUUUCUUCUGUUUUAUUUUUCCACCUUUAGCAUUGCAGGUAAAGAAGAAAACAAUGCCUAAAGGGAAAAAAAACCACAAGUAAAUCUAAAAAAAUACGGAUCUAGCCAUUGCUUCCCUUGCCUGUGACCCACAGCUGGAGUUCAUUCAUCUCUUGCUUUUUAUAAAAUGGUAAGCAAGAGGGGUUUAAUGUGUCUGAUUUAAUGUUUUUAAUAAUCAGAAUAAAUAAAAGGUGGCUUAGCCAUAGGUGAAACACUGUUGAAUGCCAGCUGUGGAGACACCAGGGAAGGGAGCCUAUAAGCCUUGAUUGUGAAGGUCCAAAUUAUGAUGUGGGCUGUAACAUCACACCCUCGAAUUACAACCGGCUUUAUAUGGCCUGUCUAUAAGGCUAAAAAUCCAUAGACUAUAUAAUAAUUCAGAAGGGCUCUAUUCACUACACAGAUUACAAUGGUCAAUCAUCAGCUGCUGAUAGACUAAGAUUUAUUAAUUAUUUUUUUCUCUUAAGCCUAUGGAACUGGCUUUGCUAUUCUGGUGGGUGAAAGUACACGCUCUACUGGAGGAACAAAGAGAGAAAGAAAACCUGAUGUUCCCGUAGGGGUGCUUUCAGCUCCCCCCUCCCUCCCCCCACCGCCCCCAGAACAGCCAAAGCCUUUUUUGGCUGCUGCAAGAAUCCCGUGGAUAUGGCUACUCUACUCUUCUGAAUAAUUCUGAUUUAUAUUUUCAACAACUUUCAUCAGCUUGCCCAUUAUAAAAAGCAGAUAGUCCCGAACCACGGUUGUGCCUCCUUGAAACAAGCCAUUCUACUGUGCUAAUGUGUGCUAAUAUCACAUCUCACAAGUAACGGGCUAAUGUUUCUCUCUAGCAGUGUAGACAGGUGCUGGUGUUUCAUCUCCAUUUGAAUGCUUGACGUCCUAACAUGAGUGUGUGUGUGUGUGUGUGUGUGUGUGUUCAUGGGAUUUAAAAGUAUUUUACAAAAGGUGUCGCUUUUAUAAGAGUUCAAAAAAGGGAAAGAUACAUGUGUGGAUGUGGGUGUGUGUAUAUGUGUUUAUCUCUCCCUGUAGCAUAAGAAUCUAUUUUGGAGAAAAAAGAAAAUAUGAGAGUCGUGAAGCAUGAUUUUUAUAACUAGUUUCAGUUUUAUCUAAUAACUUACUUUUUAAAUCAGUAUUUAUCAACCUUUUUUUUUUCAUGUAUGCAGUGCUUUCAAAAGAAAGUUUUGAGUGUCCAGGGAAACUCAUGACUAGAUAUAUGGUCUAAAAAUCAAAACAAAAGCAAAAGCAAAACAA